AUUGAGGAGUAUAGCAAUGAGAUUUUCCAGCAGAGCCAACGUACAUCAGAAAAUUGACAGCAUUUGACAGAAAUAAAGUCUAACAUAAAUCAAGAAGAGGAGCAAAAGAAGGACUUGACUGACAGCAUCCAAGAGCUUAAAGAAGAGUUGAUCAAGAAAAAGGAAAUAAUAGCUUCUAUAAACAAAGCUGCUAAAGAGAGAGUGGAACGACUAUGCAAGUCUAAAGUGUUGUUUGAAGAGCGGCUUGGGCUGGAGAUAUGCAGAAUUCACAGUGAACAAUUGCAGUUUAUAUUCAGACACAUUGACCACAAAGAUCCUGACAAGUCAUAUGUGUUCACCCUUUCCAUAAAUGAACAGGGAGAUUAUGAAGUGACCUCCUGUACUCCUCCUCUGGACUGUAUAGAAGAGUUCCAGCUCAAAGUGAGAGAAACUAACAAUUUUUCGGUGUUUGUUGCCAACAUCAAAAAAGCUUUCACUGCCAUAUCCUAUAAAUAGUCUGCAUAAAACUAACUUAUACGUCCCUUUCUAGCUGUAGAGCACUUUUUCCUUUCCUUCCUGUAUUGUGGAAGUAUGUAUUUAUCCAUGUCUUACUCUAAUUUCUAAAUAAAGAAAAAUAAUGAAAAUAGUGUUAAAGGCAGUGUACCUGUUGGUGUGGGUCCUGCUAGGAGAGGCAACCCCAGGUCCAGCACAAAGUUGUGUGGGACCCCUCUACUUUGUCCUUGUGGGCCUCCCGUGUCCCUGGAGGGACAGAGCAUGGCUGCGGUAUCACAUCGGAGGAUGCAUCAGAGCUUGGACACUGCUGGGGAGGGUGCAGGGCAAUGGUCACUUCUCCAUUGAUCACAACAGCAGCAUGGAGAUUGACAGGAGGAGGGAAGGGGGACGUAUGUGCAUGUCCUGCAUUUCUCUUGCACAAAUAAAUUAAAACUUGCAGCUGAGGGGAGACGACAUUUGCUAAGUUUGCAUCAAGCUGAAAAAUAAUGGGGUUUUGGUACUUAGAGUAGAAUGAGGAAGGAUAAUCAAUGUCUGUGUAUACAAAUGAAAUAUCCUCUCCUCAGAAAUAACUGCUUUCAGUGUUAGGAGCUGAAUUUAUAAAUGGCUUGGGUCAAAAUCGCUACAUUAAUGCUAUUUCCUGGCAAGGAAGCUCUUUUUCUGAACUGAUUCAUUUUUAUGUUGAGGAAAU